AGUGGGGGCUUGGGCUUCGUGGUGUGUACUGAGCUGACGAAACAAAUACUGGUCCCACCGAUUUGGACCUCCAUCCGUUUCGGUCCCGUCAGUCCACCGCAACGUGUCGAGCUGACUCCGCUCGUGGACCGUGUGCUUCAAACUUGAAACGAUCUAAAUCUCAAAAAUAUACUAGGACCCGUCCUUGACAACAGCUCUCCUCUGAUUGAUUCCAGCAAACAUGGCGCCCAAAUACAAGCUCCACUACUUCGACCUCACCGCCCUUGGGGAGCCCAUCAGAUAUCUGCUUUCCUACGGCAAUCUAGACUGGGAGGAUAUCCGCUACAGUUAUGCCCAGUGGGAAACGGUUAAAAGCACGAUGCCCUACGGACAGAUGCCUGUUUUGUACAUUGACGACAAGAUUUUUGCCCAGUCAAGUGCCAUCAGCAGAUACCUUGCCAAGCAGGUCGGAUUAUCUGGCAAGGAUGACCUUGAGAAUCUCCAGAUCGACCAAGCUGUCGACCUCUUUCACGAUUUCCGUCUAAAGAUUAGCGAAUGGUUCUACGACCCUAUUCCUGCAAGCAAAGCAGCAAAGAAGGAUCGGCUUAAGGAGCAAGUACCUUUCUACUUGGACAAGUUUCAAGAAAUUGUAAAGGAAAACAAAGGCUACCUUGUCAAUGGAAAGCUUACAUGGGCAGACAUCUACUUUGUCGCGCCCCUGAAGUACUACAAGGCUCUUAUGGCAAGGGACUUUCUGGAGGGUUAUCCCCUGCUGCAGGAGUUGGUCAGGAAGGUGGAAUCGACUCCCCCCAUCGCCAAAUACAUCGCUCAACGACCCGUCGGUGAUAAAUAAAAUGAUUUUUUAAUAA